AUGCAGCUGCUGCUGGUCGGCAGCGCCAGGUGCCUCCCCAAAACGCGCAAUUACGGGGGCAAGCCAGAGGCUGUCGCAGCCGCCAAGGAGCUGCAGUCCAUGAACGCCAACCAGCGCAAGGCGCUGUGGCAGGCCUGGAAGGCUGAGAAUGGCAAGGACUACGCAGAUGGCACCCCAGACGACUAUGUGCGCUUUGCCGCCUGGUCUGCCAACCUUGACGCUAUGAUAAAGAGCAACCAGAAGCAGGGUGGCGGCCACCUCCACGGCCUCAACCCCUUCAGUGACCUGACGUUUGAUGAGUUCAAGGGGCAGGUCCUGAUGCCCGACCAAGCCCGCGCCGCCGUUCCCGCCACCACCGGUGCCCCCAAGUUUGUGCCCGGCGGGGCCUCCUCCACCCGCAAGCUGAUGCAGAUCACGCCCCCUGCGACCUGGGACUGGCGGGCGAAGGGCAAGGUCCCUCCUAUUCGCAACCAGGGCAAUUGCGGGUCGUGCUGGGCCUUUGCCGGCAUCGGCGCCCUGGAGAUCAAGUCGCAGAUCGACAACGUCACCGCCGCCCCCAACGCCAGCGAGCAGCAGAUGGUGGACUGCAUCACCACCAGCUACGGCUGCGGCGGCGGCUGGUCAAACCACGUGUUCGACUACGUUAGUAAAACUUUUGCCGCCACCGAGGCCGCUUACCCGUACAAGGCAGCCAACGGCGUGUGCCGCGCCAGCACCACGACCCUGGCCGGCGCCCUGACCGUCGCGCCGCAGCCCGGCUUCCAGUGGGUGGGCGCCAACGCCACCACCAUCAUGCAGGCCGUCAGCAGCACUGGGCCCGUGGUCGUGUACUUCAACGUCAUGGACAGCUUCUACUCCUACUCCAGCGGCAUCUACCUGGCAUCCCAGUGCAACGCCAACACCAUCAACCACGUCAUGAUUGUGGUCGGCUACGACGCCACCGCCGGCGUCGGCUCCCCCGAGUCUUACUGGAUCAUCCGCAACUCGUGGGGCACCUGGGGGGAGGCCGGCUACGUGAAGGUCCAGAUGACCAACGACAAUGCGGGCGCGUGUGCCAUGUACAGUGGCCUGAUGCUGCCGCUGACCACUGCCAACAAGGGAUCCUCCCCCAGCCCCUCGCCCUCCCCAGCUCCAAAGCCGUGCAAGGGCAGGAAGUGCUUGUGA